AUGGUGAAUUUGCAUGGUUCAACGGUGCUCCGGGCCGGCAGGUACUUCGUGCCGCUGCUCUUCCCGGCGUGCUUCACCCUGUGGAUGCUCAUAUUCUUCCAGCCUCCGACGGCCAUCUUGCGGGUGAGUUUCCAGCCGACCCUUUCGUUGCCGGAGCAACGGGUCGUCGACGCGACUCCGACGCCGGCGCUGCCAGAGCGUCGAGAGAUCAUCGACACGUCCCCGUCGCAACCGCCGCCCCCUCUGGAGGGUCGAGACACCGUUAUAGCGCCGCCGCCACCGGCACGUCGAGCGAAGACAGAGACUCCGUCGUCACCGCCACCGGUGGCGGUUACGCCUGACCGGUGCGCCGGCCGCUACAUCUACAUCCAUGAUCUGCCGAGAAGGUUCAACGUCGACCUGAUCCGAGACUGCCGGUCCUUGUGCGAUUGGACGGACAUGUGCAAGCACCUUGUGAACGAUGGCAUCGGCCCGCGUAUCACGCGCACCGGCGGCGUGCUCCCCUCCACCGGCUGGUACGACACCAACCAGUUCACCCUGGAGGUCAUCUUCCACAACCGGAUGCGGCGGUACGACUGCCUCACCACCGACGCCUCCCGCGCCGCCGCCGUCUACGUGCCCUACUACGCCGGGCUCGACGUCGGCCGGUACCUGUGGGGGUUCAGCAACGAACUCCGCGACGCCCUCGCCGAGGACCUCGUCGAGUGGCUCCGGUCGUCGCCUGCGUGGGCGGCGCACGGCGGGCGGGACCACUUCCUCGUGGGAGGCCGCAUCACAUGGGAUUUCCGGCGUGAGGACGGGCGCGAAUGGGGCAGCCGGCUGUUCCUCCUCCCUGAGGUCACCAACAUGACGACGCUCGCCAUCGAGUCUAGCCCGUGGCACCGCAACGACGUGGGCAUGCCGUACCCGACCUACUUCCACCCGUCCCGCGCCGCCGAGGUGGCCUCGUGGCAGCGCGCCGUGCGGCGCGCGCGGCGGCCGUGGCUCUUCGCGUUCGCCGGCGGCACGCGGGGGCACGGCACCGACAGGAACGUCGACAGCAACGGCGUCGUCCGCGACGCGAUCAUCGAGCAGUGCGCGCAGUCGCGGCGGUGCGGGCUCCUCCGGUGCGGCGCCCGCGGCCAGCGCAACGACUGCUACGCGCCGGGCAACGUCAUGCGGCUGUUCAAAAGCGCCACCUUCUGCCUGCAGCCGCAGGGGGACUCGUACACGCGGAAGUCGGCGUUCGACGCCAUGCUCGCCGGCUGCGUGCCGGUGUUCUUCCACCCAGGAUCGGCGUACGUGCAGUACCGGUGGCACCUGCCGGCAGACCACCGCAAGUACUCGGUGUUCGUGCCAGAGGACGGCCUGCGGAACGGCACGGUGAGGGUGGAGGACGUGCUCCGGCGGAUCAGCGCGAGGGAGGUGGCGGCCAUGAGGGAGCAGCUGGUGAGGAUGAUCCCCAGCAUCGUGUACAGGGACCCGAGGGCCACGUCGGGACUCGGGUUGAGGGACGCCGUGGAUGUUGCCGUCGACGGCGUGAUCGAGAGGGUGAGGAGGAUCAAACAGGGGAUGCCUCUCUCGGAUGAUGGCAUGGGGCUGUGGUAUGGCUACUUUCACAGGCAGUGA